ACGUGGCCCACGGCCUACAAUACAAUUACUUAGAGGGAUCCUACUAACUGACGGCUUCCCUGCCGAGACAUGGGGCUACAAACCGUCUUUAUCCACAUAAACAACACUGUCCUACAGUGUACAACCCAAGCCAAAAUAUGUGCAUGAGAAAAUAUGUGCCGCUGAAGGCGCCUUUCUGGACCGUGGACACAUUGAACCAGUGUAGGUGAAACGGAAGAGCGGGGCGUGCUUUAGAGAACAGGCUCCCUCUUGUAUUUAUGUCUCCGUGUUAUUCCCAAGUUCCGCCGGUCUACCCGGAGUUGUUCAACUCGUGUGCGGACAGGGAAAGCGGGGAAAAGGGGACGGCUGGUUGGGAACAUGGGCCUCCUGGCCAGGAUACGGAAGGAAUGGUUCAUUAUCGGGAUAGUAGUGGUUAUCUUAUCGGCUAAGCUACAGCCCAGCUUCGGUGUCAAAGGAGGUCCGUUGAGACCAGAAUACACAGUGUCCUAUGUGGCCGUUUCUGUCAUCUUCUUCAACAGCGGGCUUUCGCUAAAAUCAGAGGAAUUGACCAGUGCAGUGUUACAUUUUCGGCUUCAUCUAUUGGUCCAGAGCUUCACCUUGAUCUUCUUCCCAUUGGCUGUUUGGCUGCUCCUUAAACUGCUGGCGCUUACGGCUAUUAACCCAUGGCUGCUCAAGGGGUUACAGACCGUGGGCUGCAUGCCCCCUCCAGUCUCCUCUGCUGUAAUUCUGACCAAAGCAGUCGGUGGCAACGAGGCGGCUGCCAUCUUUAAUUCUGCAUUUGGAAGUUUCCUGGGCAUCGUAGUGACUCCUGUCCUGCUGCUACUGUUUCUUGGCUCGUCCUCCUCAGUUCCCUUCUCCUCCAUCUUCUCUCAGCUCUUCAUGACCGUGGUCGUUCCUCUUCUCCUGGGACAGUUGUGCCGGAGGUUUCUGCGGGAGAGUCUGGAGCGCCGUAAGCUUCCCUUCGGGACGGUGAGCAGCUUCAUCCUCCUCCUCAUCAUCUACACCACCUUCUGCGACACCUUCAGCAGCCCCGACGUAGAGCUGGAGCCCACCAGUCUGCUGGUGGUGGUCCUAACAAUCUUCUCCAUCCAGUUGAGCUUCAUGCUGAUCCUUUUUCUUUUCACCAGAAGGUCGGGGUCAGGGUUCACCCCAGCUGAUACAGUAGCCAUCCUGUUCUGUUCUACACACAAAUCACUGACCCUGGGUAUCCCCAUGCUGAAGAUAGUGUUCUCAGGCUACCAGCAGCUGUCUGUGAUGUCGGUUCCGCUGCUCAUCUACCACCCGGCGCAGAUCCUACUGGGCUCCCUGCUGGUGCCCUCCUUCAAGGCCUGGAUGACCAGCCGCCAGAAGUCCCGUGUGUUGUUGCAGUAGCAGCGUCCCUGUCCACCGCGGUGAAGCUGACCAGCCUCACACCCAUCUAAUUGGACCAAAGGUGUUUCCAUGGCGAUUGUGUGUGUGUGUGUGUGUGUGUGUGUGUGUGUGUGUGUGUGUGUGUGUGUGUGUGUGUGUGUGUGUGUGUGUGUGUGUGUGUGUGUGUGUGUGUGUGUGUGGUUUGAAGGAAUAGUGUUUAUCAGUGCCUUAGCACCUUCGGCAAAUCGAGGGAGCCUGGGCUUCGUUUGCACGAAAACUUCCAAAUGCGAGUGUUCACUUUUAUACAGAUGGUAGAAUAUGGUAGAUCAUUUGUGUUUUAAUAUAAAGGUUAGAAUAAGACAGUGUGUAUUUUUGUAUUGAGGUUUGCCUGGUUUGAGCCAGUUAUUAACUGUAAAGUGGGGCCAAUCUCAAGGAUUUACAAUGUUUCCUAUUUUUCUAUUUUGUACUUUUUCCAACGUGAAUCGCAGGACUGUGCAGCUCUCGAUCUUUAUUUAAAUACACAAAGAAUGUUUGGUUUUUUUCAAAGAUAAAAAUAUAUUUUGUGAAUAAUUGUUUUAUUGGACUUUGAAAGUAACGUAACGACAGUUGUUCAGAAUGUUUAUCUCUUGAUUUUGUCUACCACACUAUAAUAAAAUAAUACUUUAUUUACUGUAGAUUCUUUUC